UCCACCAGCUCUAACAAGGAGCCUCUAGCUUUUAACUCGUUCACACUAAUAGCUCAUAGGCGGCCCAUUAAACGCGAAUACAAAGCAUUCAAAGACGUAAAUAGAACCUCCGUUCGUGAAUUUGGCUCUUUUGAGCCCAAUGUAUGGGGUCACCCCGUCAGAUAAAGGGCCCUAGGAAAAAGCCACGUGAGAUUGAAUUUGUGUUUUGGUGCAGAGGCAACAUCAAGUUGGCUGUUUGUCUAGCUGGCUUCUGAAAACUGACCGAGAGAGCCAUCCAUUCAUAGGUGGUCCAGGAUGAGUCGUCGCACGCAUUUGCUCCCAGGACCUUAUGGCCAAUCAUGGACCACACCCCUACUGUUGACCAGCUUGAAGGGCGGGGCCGUGCCGCAUCUAACCAAAGAGACCCUGGCUUACAUGGAGAUUGAACCAGCGUUUCUGGCUCCGGCCGCUCCCAUUGUCCAACAAACCGAGGUGUUGGAAAAAUACCAAAAAGGUCUGACCAGUUUCCUGGGACUGCCCCACCAAUUUUCCCUCAUGACGCCCUUGGACCCCUCUGUCCCCGAUCGACCGGGAUUUCAUACCCAAAAAUCUGUGGCUCUCUGGCACAAUGGGAACAAAACCUCCGUGACCCCUGAAAUGUACAUGCGAGGCGUGAUUGCGGCUCAGCCGUCCGCGUUUGUGGCCUUGUGUGACAGUGAAACGCCGGUGGGGGCCUCAAAUAAACGCAAGGGCAAGGCCGUGUCCAAAUCGCUCGAUUUCUUAGACCGAUGUCUCCUUAUGAAAGCAUCGGAACCCCGGUUGUCGGAUUCGCUCAUUUUUGGCGCUAUUGAGGGUGGUUACGACGCGCAAUGCCGAGCCUUCUCGGCCAAAGAGACUGUUCAGCGACCCGUGGAUGGGUUUCUCAUCGAUGGUUUUCACACCAAUGGCGUUACUUCGGGUGAUCUCAUCUGGUCAGACGCUCAACCUCUGCUUCAAAGCAUUCUAAAGGCUUUGCCAGAUUCGAAACCCCGCCUCUAUCAAGGCUCAUGCUCCCCGAAAAUGACGCUUGACCUGAUUGAGAUUGGCAUCGACAUGUUUGAAUCGAGUUAUGUAUUCCACGAAACGGAGGCGGGUCAUGGAUUGAUAUUUCCCAACACGUUGAAGCCGGUGACAUCGCCUGAUAAUGGCUGUCAUGCUUCGUUGGACAAGAAGGUGGAUUUUUUGGACCUGAAAGAUCCACAAUUCAAGGACGACUUUUCCCCGAUACAUCAAUCAUGCACUUGCUAUUCUUGUCGAAAGCAUACUCGCGCUUACAUAAACCAUCUGUUAGCCACCAAAGAGAUGCUGGGACCGGUUCUCUUGAUGAUUCACAAUUUGCAUCACUACCAGAUCUUUUUUCGGACCAUUCGCGAGUGUUGUGAAACGGAUUCAAUUUCUGCAUUGAGAGCAUUGAUUUGAACGACGCGAACGAAAGGAGUUAAAAGUUUGCUCAUCCAUUCUUCGAUGCAUUGCGUCGUUCUAUGCGGUGGAAUGUUUCCCUUCAAAUCCACUUGGAAGAUGCCCUUUGGGUUAGCUCCAACAAUCGCUCAGGCACGUCUGGCGGCGAGCAAAGAAAAAACUUUUUCCCAUUUUAGGAUUUGGGGAAAAGUUCUUGAGUAAUAAAACAAAGUACUACCAUAUCGAAAGGUGUUGUUGCCCACAACUUUGGGGCUUACCUAUUGGCAAAGUUGAACUUAAUGCAAGUGAAUAAAUAUUAUAUCCAUA